AUGGAUCACUCCAGAGAUCCUUGUCCCUGGGUUGCCUUGAGUGACUUCGGUGGUGCUUUUUGUAUGGGUGCUAUUGGUGGUGCCGUCUGGCACGGUGUCAAAGGUUUCAGAAACAGCCCCUACGGUGAGCGACGGAUAGGUGCCAUCACAGCUAUCAAGGCACGAGCGCCCGUCCUAGGUGGUAAUUUUGGUGUAUGGGGUGGUUUGUUCUCGACCUUUGACUGUGCGGUCAAGGGAAUUCGGAAGAAAGAGGACCCUUACAAUGCGAUUAUUGCGGGUUUCUUCACCGGUGGUUCGUUGGCUAUCCGUGGCGGUGUCAAGGCAGCUCGGAACUCGGCUAUCAUGUGUGCGGUUUUCCUGGCGGUCAUUGAGGGUGUUGGAAUUGGAUUCCAGAGAAUGAUGGCAGAUAACACAAAAUUGGAGCUUCCUCCCCCCCCUCCGUCUCCUGAAAAGGCCGUCGCUUAA